AUGGCCAGGUAUUUGUCCCAACUGGAACGAGCGCUGGGGCGCGGCCUGCGCAUCAUGCAAUCUUCGGGGGGCAGCAUUACGGCCAGUCUGGCCGCCGACCAGCCGGUCCGCACUAUUUUGAGCGGCCCGGCCGGCGGCGUAGUGGGGGCCUUUUACACCGGCAUGCAGGCCGGUUACCCCGACAUAAUUACCCUCGAUAUGGGCGGCACUUCAACCGAUGUGUCGCUGUGCCCCGGACGCAUCAAAGAAACCACCUCGGCUACGUUGGGCGGCUAUCCGGUCAGCGUGCCAAUGAUCGAAAUUCAUACCGUGGGGGCCGGUGGGGGUUCGAUCGCGCGGGUGGAUUCCGGCGGCGCCCUGGUGGUUGGGCCGCAAUCGGCCGGCGCUGAGCCGGGACCAGCCUGCUACGGGCGGGGAGACCGGAUUACCGUUACCGACGCCAACCUCACGCUGGGACGGCUCCGCGCCGAUGGUUUCCUGGGUGGCCGCAUGACGCUGGACCGGGAACGGGCGGAAGCGCUGAUGAUUGACGUUGCCGCUGGCAUAGGCGCAUCGGUUACCGAUGCCGCCCUGGGAAUCAUACGCGUCGUCAAUUCCAACAUGGAACGGGCCAUCCGUUCGAUCUCGCUGGAGCGCGGCUAUGAUCCGCGAGAGUUUACCCUGGUGCCCUUCGGAGGCGCCGGCCCGAUGCACGCCUGCGAGCUGGCCGGUGAGCUGGGCAUCCCGCGCGUGUUGGUUCCCUCGCACCCGGGCAUACUGUCUGCCCUCGGAGUCGCCAUCGCCGAUGUGGUCAAGGAUUAUUCCCGAACCGUGAUGCUACGCGGCGGCGACCUGGAUAAAAUCCGGCUUGAGGAAGAAUUCCACGGUAUGGAACAACAGGCCCGGGCUGAACUGAUGGACGAAGCCCUGCCGGUUGAUUCGAUGACCGCCCGGCGCUUCAUCGACGUGCGUUACGUCGGGCAGUCGUUUGAGUUAACGGUGGAUUGCCCCUCGUUGUCCGGUCGCGGCGACCUGCGCCGAAGUAUCUCCCGUGAGUUCUACGCCGCCCACCUGCAACGGUUUGGCUACGCCGACCGUGCGUUGCCGAUUGAGGUAGUUAACCUGCGGCUGAAACUGGAGCUGCCGGUGGAUAAACCGCAGCUGGAACCGUCUCCGUUUGCCGGCGCCGACGCGGCCCACGCCGCUAUUGGCGCGACUGAGGUGGUAUUCGCCGACGGUCCGAUGGUUACCACGCUGUACGACCGUGGCGGUCUCGAAACCGGAAACCAGAUCGCAGGCCCCGCGCUGUUGCUGCAACUGGACACGACGAUCGUCGUCCCACCGGGUUGGCAAGGGUACGUGGAUGCUUUCGGAAAUCUGCUGCUGGAAACUGCCGAACCGCAUUAG